GGCAUUCUCUGCUUCCGUUGACAGUCACGAAUAACAAACAUACCGUCGUUCUCCAACUUCUUACCGAAAGCCCUAGAAAAAGUUGUGGGUUCUGAAUUCUGAUGGUGGUAGGAUCAUCAGCUACGAAGCAAGGCCUGCCUUCAUUUGGAGCAGCUGCAGCUACCAGAAAUGCGAUCGCCAUCGACAUGGACGGGAGCUCCCCCGCUGCUUCUGUAGCGACGCCGAAUGAUGAAGCUCUGCAGUCUCACAACGCCAAGUCCGUUACGGAAGUGAAUUUAGGUUUCACAGAGAGAGCAAUUUCCGCUGCCGGAGCUGCCGUUCUCUCCGCAAUCCUCGUUAACCCUCUUGAUGUCGCCAAGACAAGGUUGCAAGCUCAGGCUGCUGGCGUCCCUUAUGAUGGUAUUGGUAGGAUGGAGUCUUUUGGAUCGCAUACUAAAUGGGAUAUGAAAUGCAACUGCUGCACAAAUGCAAUUUUUGGCACCGAGUCUGCAUGCUCUUCAGAUUCUGCCCGGUACAAAGGGACUGUGGAUGUCCUCUCCAAAGUGAUACGCCAAGAAGGAUUUACUAGAUUGUGGAGAGGCACGAUUGCAAGUUUGGCAUUGGCAGUCCCUUCUGUGGGGAUCUAUUUGCCUUUAUAUGACAUUUUCCGGAAUUCUAUUGAAGAUUAUGCUUUGCACGGUGCCCCAAUAGUUUCUCCAUAUGUACCCUUAGUUGCGGGUUCAUUGGCAAGGUCAAUAGCAUGCAUCACUUGCUACCCAGUUGAGCUUGCAAAAACGCGGAUGCAAGCUUUCAGGGAUACCCCAAAUAGUGUGAAGCCUCCAGGAGUGUGGAAGACAUUGUUUGGGAUCAUUUCUUCUGUCCGAAGUGUGAAUGGGCAUCAACAUUCAAUUCAAGUGUACCGGCAAUUGUGGACAGGACUAGGGGCACAACUUGCUCGUGAUGUCCCUUUCUCUGCUAUCUGCUGGUCAACUCUUGAGCCAACUAGGAGAAAAGUGCUGGGUAUGAUGAAUGAAGAAAGGAGUGGAGGCAGUAUAAUGGGCGCAAACUUCAGUGCUGGUUUCAUUGCAGGGAGCCUUGCUGCUGCUGCUACAUGUCCUUUAGAUGUGGCAAGGACCCGUAGGCAAAUAGAGAAUGACCCUAAGAGAGUGCUGGAGAUGACAACUAGAAGAACAUUAAUUGAAAUCUGGAGUUGUGUGUGUGAACACUAGGGAUGGGGGAAUGAGAGGAUUGUUCACAGGAGUUGGGCCAAGAGUUGCGCGAGCUGGGCCAUCAGUCGGAAUAGUUGUUUCCUUCUACGAGGUUGUAAAGUACACAUUGCAUAGCAGGUAUAGAAACUACUGAUGCUGUCUCACAGAAGAGAGGACGACUUUAGGGUGUAUAGAUUAUUAAGCAAUAAGGGUAAAUUAGGCCGAUCUAAUCACCUCCUGUUUGGCGGGGUUUUUGCCCUCGUUCUAGCCUGCCAUUUGUUUAUGUUCUUUAGUUAGUUCAGUAAGUUAUGAAGAAAAUGUUCAUUAAUUUGUACUUGGCAUUCAGGCAAGUGGAUGAAAUAAGGAAAGUUUUUGUAAAAAGUUACUCUGUAUCUAUUACUUAGUAGAUUAUUCUGCUCCAUUGGGUUUUUACCAGAAUGAAAAAAUGGGGGAAAACUAUCAAA